CUUGACUGACGGCAAAGGUGAUAUCAGGACGAGUGUUGGUAGAUAGGUACAUCAUCAUCCCAACCACACUUGCAUAGGACCAGUCAUCCGUCAUUGCCUCUUCGUCGGUAUCCUUCCCAAGGGGAUGAUGGUUAGGAGUAGAUGGAGUGGGACUUGUGUUGCAGUGAUGCAUUCCAGUGGCCUCAACAAUCUUGUCAAUGAGGGCUGGUUGCGUCAUGUCGAAACCUCCAUCAGGUACUACGCUCUCACAGAUGAAUAAAUCAUCCACAAAAUAGGUUACCACCAUCAUACCAGGCUUUGCAAACAAGCAUUUGUCUUGAUGGGACUGUUGCAGGCUGAAAAAAUGAAGCGGAAUCAAAUGAAUAGGGCUCGAGCUAUUUUUGACGUUCGUUUAACGGCUUUCACCCCUGCUGCAAAAUUCAAAUAUGUUGCCCCAAUCUCUUCACAUUUUUUUUGACGGGCGACCAUGACGAAGAAGCUUGAAAAGGAACUACGAAAGGUGCUUUUGCCUCACUUUGAGUCCUACCAGAAACAAGGACAGCUCGAUGAAGCAUGUGAGCUGUCAGUAGAUGCUAGCGCCAAGCAGUUGAUGACCAAACUGCAACAAUUGGAAGUGUCUACGCGGCUGGAAUCUUUGACGUUGAACAACAAGAACGAUGACGAGGAGGAACCAUCGGACUUUGAAGAGGCGCUGGGAAGGGAACUCGUCCAAUACAUUGACGCGACUGUCUCCACAGAAGCCUCCAGCGACCUUCAGGACUGUGUGGACCGUGUCUUGUCAUUGAGUGCAGCCAUUGCCAUUCCUUUUACAUCAUCGCAGGAUCAGCAUCAUGUUGGAUCCAUGGUGCUCUCACGUGCCCUAGACUACUCGGUGGUGUUGCUGGAGCGUGUGCGAGGACAUGGCUGUCUGUUGCUGGGAAAACUGGUGACUAGCUUGAAGAAACUACAACUUGAAAAGACCGACAAUACAAACAUUUUGGAAUGGAUCGAUGAGAGCUUGGUUGCUGUGGAGGAAACGCUUGAACCUCGUCUCCAGGAUAAGGCUCAAAUGGUGCGAAGUCACGCCAUCAAGGCAGCCGGUGCCUUCUUUGUGACGCCCGACGAUGAAGAGGCUCACAGCGAUAUUUUGGAAGCCAUGAUGUGGAACAUGGCGCAUGAUCCAUCCGUCAACAACCGAAUUGUGGCUGUGCAGUGUACUCCAGCCAAUCCCACCACCAUGGAUGAAUUGAUUGCACGUGUGAGGGACAUCAAGCCCAAAGUACGAGCCGAGGCAUUGACUGUUCUGGCCAAGAAAACUCAGGGGAUCUCUCACUUGACCGAAGCGCAGAUGGUCGACUUGAUUCGCUUUGGGUUGACCGAACGAUGCCAAGCUACAAAGAAAGCAGCUUCCAAAAUGAUUUGUUGUGGCUGGAUGAAGAGUGCCAAAUACGACCCAAUUGCGCUGCUCCAGAGUUUGAAUGUGCUGGACAAUGAAGACGAGGCCAACCGAGCUCUGGAAGUUGUCAUGGAGGCGGCACAAGACAGCAAUAGCGAUCUUCUGGAAGAGCUGAGUGACCCCGAGCAGAGAGCGUUCUGCAGUGGAGUGGCCAAGGCGGCCGAGUGCAUCAAGAAUGGCGAAGGAGGCGACGAGGAACAGCAACUGCAACCCGAGAAACUCUUCUUCUUGCGGGCUAGAUGCAAGAGUGUUUUGGCUAGCAAAACUUUGACUUGGGCACAACAAGACGCCAUCACCAACAAACUCAUUCCAGAUGUCCCGCUUCUCUGUGAAGUUAUUGGAAAACACGCCACGAUGCUAAUCCAAGCCAUCGAUGACAAUGAUGAAGCAAAGGGAGAUGUCGAAUCUUUCAUUUGUCUGCAACUUUUGCAGCUGGCAGAAGUUUCCAAUCUCAGCGAAGAAGGGAGCCGCCGCCACUUUGCCUAUGUCAUGAAGGACAUGCUUUCGUCCAUCAAGACGCCAGAUGACUUGGUAGAAGGGUGUAUUCAAGCAUUGCGCUUGACUUGUGUCGGAGAGGAUGAAAUGGCCGGCAGCAUUAGUGCCAUCAUCAAAACAAUCAACAGCAAAGAAACCGGCGAGACUGAUACCGAUGGAGAAGAAGAGCCAGACGCUGAACUCACGACCAUCAAGCUGGUCCGAACCUUGUCAGUCCUCACAGUCUACCUCGAGACUGCCUCCAGUGAGCUAUCGUCCAAUCCAGCUGUGGAUGACUUUGUCAAAUGCAUUGUCCCUAGUGUCACUCACAAUGAUACCUUGGUUCGCGAGGCUGCCAUUGGGUGCUUUGGCAAGCUGGGUCUUUUCGCAGACGAAACGACACUCUUGUCCGAAUUCAAGCCACUCAUGCUGCAGGUUGCUGCUCACGAAGACGAAAAACUGGAAAUUCGUGCCCAAGCUCUACUGGCUCUGGCCGAUUGGUCCAUGAUCUUCUCGGAAUGUCUCACUGCUUGCCAUGUCGGAGACAACGAAGAAUUGUCAUUUACGGAAGUCGUUCGAGAAUUGCUAGACGACGCUCGCAUCUCGGCCGUUUGUGUCGCCAGCGAAGUGGCGGCAAAGCUUCUCUUUGCUGGCAAAGUCUGUGACAGUGAAUGGAUGGCCAAACUAUUGACAAUCUACUUUCAUCCGCAUUUUGCUGACAUGGACGCGGACGAUGAGGAUAUUAAGGAAGUUGGCAGCCCCGUUCGCCUACAGCAGCUACUGGGACUCUUCUUCCCAGCCGUGUGCAUCAAGGAAGACUCUGGUGGUCGAGACGCCUUGAUGGGUUCGAUCGCUUCCAUCUUGGACCUUGUUUACGUCCAGACACCCACCAAACUCAACAACUCCAAUGGCAAGAAGUCGAGAAAGAAAGUUACUUGGCCCGUCAAAGACAUGGUGCUCUAUGUGUGCGAGACGGUCAACUCCAAAAACGAAGAGGAAGAAGAUGACGCUACAGUGGUACAGGGCAGCGGCGAGGACGACCCCGCCAACACCACUACGGCCGGUGUUUCGGUCGCACAAACGGAAGCUGUCGAUAUGAAUAGUUCAUCGCUCCUGGCAAGCAUUCAGUUGGCAGACUUUCUCGCCAAGCAAAGCCACAUCCUCACUACUACAGACUCUCGCACACUCUGCAAGCUGCUGGGAGCAGCAGAUUUUGACGCCGAAGAAGAAGAGACCAAGAAUGUAAAGUCACUAAAAGAAACCAUGGAGGUGUUGGGCACUCAAAUUCUCGACGAAACAAGCUUGAACUGUCUUUCUGAUUUGAACGAGUAUCUCGCUGGCAUUGAAUUCGACUCAGAAUCGGAGGAGGAAGAAGAGCCUGGAGCAGGAGACAUUCGGGGAACUGCAUCUGACGACGACGAGGGUGGUGGAGACGACAACGAAAUCGAUCUUAGCGACGAUUUGAUGAAAUCCUUGGAAGAGCUCAAGAUUGACGAACCCUUGAACAAGGAGAAUCCGGGCAAAUCCACCAAGAAGCGUUCCAGCAAAGGGAGAAAGAACAGCGGCGAAAGCACUUCAACUCGUCGUUCGCGCCGCCUUCGCACCGUUAACUAG